AUGCGUCAAGUGGCACUAGAAGAUAUUAUGUGUGGCAUAUAUGCUGAUUUCCGGGGAAGUGCCGUCGUUGAGGCCGGAUUAGGUAGGAACGUUAGCCGUGAUUCCAUGGCCCACGGAUUUAACAGACUACAGCCUUGCGUUCAAGUUAGCCAGGGACGUUUGGGGAAAGACAGCCUGGCUACAUGCAUGUCGUAUGCUGCAAAUUCCCGUUGA